AUGAGCACGGCACCCACGCAGCGGGCACCGAGCUCCGCCAGUCACACGAGCAGCGUUCUCCCUGCUCAGCGAGCCCAAUAUGAGCCACCGUGGCAGAACACGUCCAUCAUUGGGAUAGCUGGUUCUUCAGGAUCCGGCAAGACCUCGCUCUCUCUUGCUAUCAUCAAUGAACUCAGCCUACCAUGGGUUGUCUUGAUGUCAAUGGAUUCAUUCUACAAGCCUCUUACGCCUGAGGAGAGCGCCGCGGCCUUCCGGAACGAGUACGACUUUGACGCACCAGAGGCCAUUGACUUUGAUGUCUUGGUUGAGAAGCUCAGGGACAUCAAGUCAGGCAAGAAGGCAGACAUUCCGGUCUACUCGUUCGAGAAGCAUGCCCGGCAAGAGCACUCCAACACCAUCUACUCGCCUCAUGUCUUGAUCCUGGAAGGUAUCUUCGCGCUGCACGACCAGCGGGUACUGGACCUGCUGGAUCUGAAGAUCUUCGCCGAGGCGGAUGGUGAUCUGUGUCUUUCUCGAAGGCUCUUGCGCGAUGUGCGUGAGCGAGGCCGAGACAUUGAAGGUUGCAUCAAGCAGUGGUUUAGCUUCGUCAAGCCGAAUUUCCAUCGCUAUGUCGAGCCGCAGAGGACUAUUGCAGACAUCAUUGUACCUAGAGGCAUCGAAAACAAGGUUGCGAUCAGCAUGGUCUCCGACCGUGUGCACAAGACAUUGCACACCAAGUCGAAACUGCACCAGCAGGAGCUUCGCCGUCUUGGCAAAGUGAGCGAAGACGCACCACUCUCGAACAACGUGACGAUACUGCAGCACACAAACCAGGUCCGCGGCAUCAAUACGCUGCUGAUGGAUCCUGACCUGCCUCGCGAAGAGUUCAUCUUCUACUUCGACCGUCUGAUCGUGAUGAUGGUCGAGAAGGCGACCGAGCGAGCACUGGCCUUUACACCUUGCAAGAUCGACACACCAGUCUCAGGUCGAUCUUACCAAGGUCUACAUCUCGAAGGAGAGGUCAGUGCCGUGGUCGUCUUAAGAGGGGGUUCCUGCCUUGAGACCGGCCUCAAGCGAGUCAUACCCGACUGCCGCCUCGGUCGAAUGCUCAUCCAAACAAACUUUCGCACCACUGAGCCAGAGCUGCACUUCUACAAACUCUCGGAAGAUAUCGCCGAGCAUAAAUGUGUGAUGCUACUGGAUCCGCAGAUGAGCUCGGGUGGUGCGGCUCUAAUGGCUGUCAGGGUACUGCUCGAUCACGGCGUCAGAGAAGAUCGCAUUGUGUUCGUGACGUACUCCGCGGGCAAGAUGGGGUUGAACCGUCUGAUGAGCGUCUAUCCGGACAUCAAGGUGGUGGUGUGUCGGAUAGUGGACGAUCUGGAAUUGAGGUGGGUUGAGGUCCGCUAUUUGGGCUGUUGA